AUGUAUUGGAGAGUUUCGAGAUGGAUAUUUGGAUCUUACGCUUCUUGUGAUCCCAUAGAUCUCUCUCGUGGCUUAAUUGUCACAGAUGUGCUAACCAAUAAGGCUGAUUUGGUAGGGAAAGCUGUCUUUCAACAGAAAUGCUACAAAAAUGCAAUACCUAUGCUUAGCUCUAAACUAAGUUCCACUUUCUAUCGCUUCCUGCGACCACUCCCGAUAAUUGAAGAGUCGUGGAUAAAAUAUACUCAUAGCGAGAGAGGAAGGUUCGCCUAUAGUGUUACGCCUAUCAUCUACUCGAUCUCAGUACUGGCAAUCAUCAGCUGGUUCUUCACAAUAUUUGUACUAACAAACUAUACAAUUAAGGCAUCAUUAUUGCUAAGGUGUUCUACUAUAUUCGCAUCCGUUUUUUUACUUUUGACUGUUGUGAAGUCGGGAGUUAUUUUGCAUAAUCAAAAUGGUAACGGAUACUUAAACGGGGCAGAGUUGUUAGAAGACAUUAAUAACUCCACGUUACUAAAAAUUUUUGAAUUCAUUUCGAUCAUAUUUCUUCAAAUAAGUCAGGUCCAAGUAAUAAUGAGAGUUUUCCUGAGGCAGGCUGAUAAAAGAUUAACGCUUUACGUUGGCGUGUUUGCUUCAGUUACAUCUCAGGCCAUAUGGGCAGUCACUAAAUUUAAUGACUUUUCUGUUAAUAAUGAAGCAGACGCUAUCCUUCCUGCGUUUAUUUACUUGGUGAGAAUUGCAAUGGGUAUUUGCUACGCUGCUUUAAUAUCAUUCCAUUUAGUCACAAAAAUCCAUCACAUCAUGGCUAAUCGAAGAAUUUGGCUUUUAUCAUUAUUGACUUGCAUCUUAGUUUAUAGCCCAGUGGCAUUUUUUAUUGCAGAUAUCGCCAAUGCUUGGGUUUAUGAGUUAUCCGAAUUUUUCUCUGUGGUCAACUAUGUGAUUUGUGUUGUGAUUCCAUGGGAAUGGUAUAACAAAUUUAACUUGAUAAUGAGAGCAAAAGAAAAAGAAGGUGUCUUGGGAAGACGAUUCUAUGAAGACGAAUUAUACGAACUUGAUCGCUAUGAGCUUUUUGUAGAAGAACUGGACAAUAGUUCUAAUAACGAAGGAAGGGUCCACCGAGUAGACUUAGAACAUGAUUGUCGCUCGAGUUUAGCUCAGCCAUAUUCAGGGGCUGUACUGCAAUUGAAGCCAGAUUCAAUCUUGCUGAAUGCCAGAAAGAUGUUUCUACAAUUCACUGACAGAAUAAUUUCAAUCGGUUUUGCAAUACCACGAUCUGUCAGCAGCACUAGUCCAAUUCCGUUCAGGAAGUAUCAUGAGCAAAUAGAGCUCGAUAAUGUGCAGGUCGAAUCCCGAAUACGGAAUGAAGAUAUCAAUGCAAUAUCCUCCAAUCAACCUGUUCAAGAUGAUCAAGAAGACAUAAGAUCGCCAAUUACUUCUGGAAGUCGUCCUCGAAGAGAUGUGUUUGUUUAUUCAACAAAACAAGUUACACUUAACUUUUCUGAUGAUGAUGAUACUAAUGACUAG